CAAGCCUCUUCUGGAAGUCCCCGCAUCGCUUCGACCACAUACCACCGUGUGAGCAUUCCGUAGCCUGGUCCAGAUAUGAAGCCCCUCCACGCCAUCGUAGCUCUUCUGCUCAUCCUCUUCACCGCUUCCUAUCUGCAAGCCACCAUGGCAGGCUCAGCGUUCUGCGGGUCCAAGUGCAAGGUGAGGUGCUCCAAGGCGAGCGUUAAGGACCGAUGCCUCAAGUACUGCGGGCUGUGCUGCGAGCAGUGCCGGUGCGUGCCAUCGGGGACCUACGGGCACAAGGACGAGUGCCCCUGUUACAGGGACAAGUACACCGGCAGCGGGAAGAGGAGGAGACCCAAAUGCCCCUGAUCGAACACCUUGAGGUCAUCCGGCGUCGAAUGGUGUGUGUUUUAUAGCGUAUAUGAAUGAGCGUGGGGGUCGCAUGUAUCGACGUGACUAUGGGCAGUGGUGAAAAUAAAUGUUGUGCUACUCGGUUUACUACUAUGUUUGAUGGGAGAGAGAGAGAGAGAGAGAGAGAGAGAGAGAGAGAGAGAGAGAGAGAGAGAGGGAGUGGCGUUGGAUCUUUGGAGAUUUUGGGUGAAAAAGUAGAUUUGGGCUAAAUAUUUCAUAUAUAUAUUCUGCCUACUUUGAUGCA